AUGAAACCCCUCAUUCCCCCCCUCACGGCCCUGCUGCUAUCCAGCACUCCCCUCACCCUCGCCAAGCACAUCAUGAUCCCCAACACCUCCUUCGCCUCCCAAUCCGACUUCGACACCGACUGGAACUACCUCUACCCCUGGGGCAGCGACCACAACGGCGCGGCCCGCAUGGCCCAAUCCCAGGCCACCCUCUCCACCGACGGCGUGCUCACCCUCACCGCGUCCCGCGCCGACAACGAACCGCCCGCCAGCCACGGCGGACAACAGAUCGAGAUCCGCUACUUAUCCGGCGCGGUGCACGCCAAGGAGCACUUCAAUGUUGCUGCCGGCGGCGGGUAUGACUUCUCCGGGGAGUUCCGCGCGCCGGUGGCCAGAGGGACGUGGCCGGCGUUUUGGUUGACGGCUGUGGAGGGGUGGCCGCCGGAGGUGGAUAUGGCAGAGUGGAAGGGGAGUGGGAAGAUUUCGUUUAAUACGUUCAAUACGUCGUCGGAGGUGCGCGCGGUGGAUGUGGAGUAUCCGAGUCCGGACGCGUGGCAUAGUAUAUUGUGUGAGGUGCGGGAUGAGAAUGGGGUGGAUGUGAGUGUGAAGUUUUCGAUGGAUGGGCAGGUGGUGGAUACGCAGUUUGGGAAGGGGUUCGUGGGGAAGCCGAUGUAUCUGAUCAUCAACCUUCAGAUGGAAGGUUCCUCUGGGUCGCCAGGACCAGACUCUGACACCUUAUAUCAGGCCCGGAAUGUUGAGGUUUGGAGUUAUAACCCUGAGUAG